GGGGCACGGCACAACGUGGGGGGGGUGUGGGCAUGGAGAUGGGUUAUGGGUGGGAGAUAGCAUGGGGAUGGAGACGGCAUGGGGUGCGACAUGGGUAUGGGGUGGGAGAUGCUGUGAGUAUGGGUGCAGAAUGGGGAAGGGACACGGGUACGGGGUGGGAGACAGCACGGGGAUGGAGACAGCAUGGGGUGUGGGGGACAGCAUGGGUAUGGUCACGGUGUGGGGCAUGCAGCAUGGGGAACACAGCAUGGACAUUGCAUGGAGCACGGAACGCAGCACAGACGCGGCGUGGGCAUGGAGAACACCGUGGAUGUGGCAUGGGGGCAUGGCAUGGCAUGGACACAGCGUGGACACGACACGGGCAUGGAGAGUGUUGUGGACAUGGGCAUGGACACAGCAUGGUCAGACCAUGGGGGUGUGUGCACCCAGGCGCCCUGCUACUGCAUCAUCAUGGAGUUCUGCGCCCAAGGCCAGCUCUACGAGGUGCUGCGUGCCGGGCGCAAGGUCACCCCUUCUCUCCUGGUGGAUUGGUCCAUGGGCAUCGCCGGCGGCAUGAACUACCUGCACCUCCACAAGAUCAUCCACCGUGACCUCAAGUCACCCAACAUGCUCAUCACCUACGACGACGUGGUGAAGAUCUCAGACUUUGGCACCUCCAAGGAGCUCAUUGACAAGAGCACCAAGAUGUCCUUUGCUGGCACGGUGGCCUGGAUGGCACCUGAGGUCAUCCGCAAUGAGCCCGUCUCUGAGAAGGUCGACAUCUGGUCUUUCGGGGUGGUGCUGUGGGAGCUGCUGACCGGUGAGAUCCCCUACAAGGACGUGGACUCCUCAGCCAUCAUCUGGGGGGUGGGCAGCAACAGCCUUCACCUGCCCGUCCCCUCCGGCUGCCCCGAUGGCUUCAAGGUGCUGCUGCGGCAGUGCUGGAACAGCAAACCCCGGAACCGGCCGUCCUUCCGGCAGAUCCUGCUGCACCUCGACAUCGCCUCUGCCGACGUCCUCUCCACCCCACAGGAGACCUACUUCAAAUCCCAGGCGGAGUGGCGUGAGGAGGUGAAGCUGCACUUUGAGAAGAUCAAAUCGGAGGGGACGUGUCUGCACCGCCUGGAGGAGGAGCUCAUCAACCGGCGGCGAGAGGAGCUGCGGCACGCGUUGGACAUCCGGGAGCACUACGAGCGCAAACUGGAGCGUGCCAACAACCUGUACAUGGAGCUGAGUGCCCUCAUGCUGCAGCUGGAGCUGAAGGAGAAGGAGCUGCUCCGGAGAGAGCAAGCUCUGGAGAAGCGCUACCCCGGGCUCUUCAAACCACGGGCGCCGCGGGGGCUGCUGCAUGGGAACGCCGUGGAGACCCUCAUCAAGAAGCGCAACGUCCCCCAAAAGCUCUCACCCCACAGCAAGCGCCCCGACAUCCUGAAGCCGGAGGUGCUGCUCCCCAAACUGGACGCAGCCAUGGCGCAGGUGGCCCUUCCAGGCUGUCCCAAAGGCCCCCCCUCUCCAGGACGCAGCCGCAGAGCCAAAGGACGACACCGCAAAGGGGGGUCCCGGGGGGGCUGCGGUGAACCCGGCCCCGAAGCCGGACCCCCCAGAGGGCUGCCCGGACCCCCCUCAUCUACCGCUGGCCCCGACCUCCUGGGGGGCACUUUGGAAGCUGCGGGGGCCCCCCCGGUAGCAGAACCCGAUUUGGGGUCUGGGGGGGCGGUGGGCACCCAGGGAAGCCCCCCAGCGCAGCCCCCCACAGCUGGGGACAGCGAGAGGGACAGUGGUGCUGCUCGGGGGGGGCGAGGGGGGGCCGGGCAGCACCUGACCCCCGCGGCAAUGCUGUACCGUGCAGCCGUGACACGGGGACAGAAGCGGGGGGUGUCGUCGGAGGAGGAGGAGGGAGAAGUGGACAGCGAAGUGGAACUGCCGCUGCGGCAGAGGUGGGUGCAGAGUAUGACCAAACGGCAGUCGCUGUCGACCUUCAGCUCGGAGAAUUUCUCGGACGGGGAUGGGGACGGGGAUGGGGAUGAGGGGCACACGAGCGAACCCUCCCACAGCGCCACCCCCGACGUGGGCAGCACCAACACGGACGAACGCCCCGACGAUCGCUCCGAGGAUUUACUUUCGCAGGGCUCCGAGAUCCCCCUGGAUGCCGCCCCCCCCGAGGGUCGUCGGCACGGGGGAGGCAGCCCCAAGGUCUCGGAGGACUCUGACUGCGACAGCGCAGAACUGGACCAUUCGGGCAGCGCAGAGGGACCCCCCCGGCCUACAGCCCCCCCCGGCCUGUGACUUGCACC